AUCAAAACAUGUAGGGACAUUAACAUCAGACAGCUGAGCUUCAUGAAUAAUAUCGACUUUAAGGUGAAUUAAUCACGUAUUAAACGUAUCGGUGGUUCUUUGACUUAGCUGGAGACUGCGCACAUAUCAUGGGAAACAUCGUGAUGUUACCUCUCAGUUAACUUUAUUGAAAGCUAAGGUCGUUUUGUGCUGUUUUAAUUUCUUCGGGAUGGAGGAGAAUGGAUGUGUGCCCACUAAAGGUGAGGAGGGCUUCCUCUCCAGAAUGGCCCUCAAUGAUAACAAGGCUGGAAUGGAGGGUCUUGACAGGGACAAGAUUAACAAGAUCAUCAUGGAAUCAUCAAAGGGCUCGAGGUUUUAUGAGAAUGAGCUGAAGAGAGAGCAGCAGGUGAACCAGCGCAUCGGCAGGAUGAUGCAACAAAAGGCACAGAUCACAGAGCAGCAGUUAAAGAAAGCCCAAGAUCAGGUGGACAGGAUGGCCUCGGUGCUGGAGAGCAGUCGUGAUCUAACACGUCUGAUUGUCCAUGUGGACAUGGAUGCUUUCUAUGCUGCUGUGGAGAUGAGAGACUGUCCUGAACUGAAAGACAAGCCCAUGGCUGUAGGAUCCAUGAGCAUGCUGUCGACGUCCAACUACCAUGCCAGGAAGUAUGGCGUGCGAGCCGCCAUGCCUGGCUUCAUCGCGAAAAAACUCUGCCCCAACUUAAUCAUUGUUCCAACCAACUUUGAUAAGUACAGAGCCGUGAGUGAGGAGAUUCGGGAGAUCUUUGCAGACUAUGACCCGCACUUCCAGCCAGUGAGCCUGGAUGAAGCUUAUCUGGAUUUUACAGACCACCUGGAGCAGAGGCAGAGCUGGCCCGAGUCCUCUCGUACACACCGCUACCGCAUCAGCAGCGCCACUAAAGGUGAAGAGCAGAAGGAGGCAGUGCCGGAGUUGAAAGACCUCUCCCCAGUCCUGUUUGACGACAGCCCAAACUCUUCUCCCUGCUUCUCCAUCUCUGAUGGCGUCAGCGAUGGUGGUGCUUUUGAGGUUUUCGGGACAUCUGUUGAGGAGGCUGUGAGAGAGAUGCGCUUCCGCAUAGAGCAGAAGACAACGCUGACUGCUAGUGCAGGAAUUGCUCCAAACAUGAUGCUUGCCAAGGUUUGCAGUGACAAGAACAAGCCCAAUGGCCAGUACAGACUCCCCUCCACCAGAGCUGCAGUCAUGGACUUCAUCCAGAAUCUUCCAGUUCGCAAAGUUUCCGGUGUGGGGAAGGUGAGCGAGAAGAUGUUGAGUGCACUGGGCGUCACUAGCUGUUCCCACCUUGGCCAGCAGAUGGCACUGCUGUCGUUGCUGUUCUCGGAGACGUCCUGGCAGCAUUUCAUGCAGGUGUCACUGGCUCUUAGCUCCACACACAUACCAAGGCACGAAGAAAGAAAAAGCAUGAGCACCGAAAGGACAUUUAAAGAACUAAAUAAAGCCGAGGAGCAGUUUUCCUUAUGCAGGCAGCUUUGUGAAGAUUUAGCAGAAGACAUGAAAAAAGAAGAUCUGAAGGGUAAAACGGUGACGCUCAAGCUAAAGAAUGUGAACUUUGAGGUGAAAACCCGGGCACAGACGCUGCCGUGUGCUGUUGCUACAGUGGAGGAGAUCUUUGCUGUUGCUAAGGACCUACUGAAAACAGAAAUAGAAAACGAGAGCCCCCAGCCACUCAGGCUGAGGCUCAUGGGUGUUCGGAUUUCUGCUUUUGUCAGUUCAGAUGACAAAGCCCCUCUGCAGAAGAGCAUCAUUGGGUUUCUUCAACCAGGCAAGACCGAGCCUGAUGGCGCUGUCCAAACAAUGCAAAAACAAAAAGCUGGGAAAGAGCAACUCCCUUAUUUCUCCGUCCAAAAGUCCAACCAUGCUCCUCUCCCCCCGGCACAGAAGUGCAAGAAACCAGAAGCCGUUCCCUGGCGGAGCAAGCAAAGCAGGAUAGAGGGAGGCCAGACUGGUGAAGAACCUCAACAGUCUUUCUUCCAGCGGGCCCAUGCCAAGAGAUUACAAGUCCAGGCAAGCACACAAGAGGAAGGUCAAGGGGAAAAUUUACCCACAGGGUCCCACUCUCCUCAGCCUGUAGAGUCUCCAGUUACCAAGAGUUCAGGCUCAGUUCUGCCUGAAAACGGCUUUGUUUCCCACGUAGAGGCCAUCGCAUCCACGUCAGGCUGUAAUGGCACCACGGCAGAGAGCUUCACGUGUCCCGUGUGUUUCAGGCCGGUGGAGACGACCGAUUUGACCGCCUUCAACAAACACAUAGACCAUUGUCUCAGCCAGUGCUCCAGAAAGCCAGAUGCGGAGUCGGAUUCAGACUCGGAGAACGACCGCAAAGAACGUGAGCGCGAAGGCGUGGCAAAGGACAGUGAAGAGCUGGAGGUGAACACGCGGGAAAAGGACGACCCUGCUCCAGCUGUGACCUUUCAACAGCCUCGGGCAUGUUGUCCGGCCCUCAUCUGCCCGGUGUGUCAGCUGACCCAGGACACGGACGACCUCACUGUCUUCAACCACCACGUUGACCUCUGCUUGAACCAGGGGGUCAUCCAUGAGCUGGGAGGUCAAACGUCAGCUCCUGUAAAUCCACCUCCAGCUGCUAAUAGCAAAGCCACGGAUCUCCUGACGAGGCUAGCAAAUAAAGGCAAAAGCAAAAGACAGAGCACGCCCUCCUCACCUCCUUCAAAGAGGACCAAAGCCAUAGGUCGUGUCAACACCAUCGACAAGUUCCUCAGGUGAUGGUCACGCACAUAACCUCAUCUGGAGUCGGACCUGGGACAGAAAAAGAAAAUACAGCUCCAAACCGAAAGCCAUAGCCAUAUGUCAGUUUUAUCUUCCGAAAUCUGUAUUUUUUUGCCCUUCUAUUUAUUUCUUGGCAUUCUGGUAAGAUUUACUGAGACUUUGAAUGACCUUGUUGUGCACGAAUACCAGUUUUUUUUUUUGUCAACCAUUACCCUGUUAUUCACUACAAGGUAAAUCAAUAUUUCUAUUUAAAAGACUUCUAAAUGUAUCAUUAGAAUGUUUAUUGAAUUCUUGCUUCAUAUGUUUAUUCUUUAAUUUAUCUUGAAGUUAUUUGAUUCGGAUAUUUCUAUUGUAUUUAUUACUGUACAGUGAGGUUAUAGAACAGUGAUGCUUAAUAAGAGAAUCCUAUCAUGUCACACGAUGUAGCAAUAAAUGAAAUAUUUUACAAUUGU